AUGGUUCAAGGGAAAGCGCAAAGAGUGCAGGACUCAAAGGGCAGCCCUGGCCAGAAGAUCUGCUCCCAUUCAUCCAGUCUGAAAGACCUGGACCUGAGUAACAACCACCUGCAGGAUUCAGGAGUGAAGCUGCUGUCUGCUGGACUGAAGAGUCCACAAUGUCAACUGGAAACUCUCUGUCUGUCAGGUUGUCUUGUCACUGAGGAAGGCUGUGCUUCUCUGGCCUCAGCUCUGAGCUCCAACCCCUCCCAUCUGAGAGAGCUGGACCUGAGCUACAAUCAUCCAGGAGCCUCAGGAGAGCAGCUGGUGUCUGCUGCACUGGAGGAUCCAGUGUGCACACCAAUGCUGUCACACACUGCUGCCGCUGGCCAAGCUUGCCUCCUCCACCCCAGCCUCCACCUUUCUAUUUAAGUCCUAACAUGUCUCUAAUAUUAUUAAAAAAUGGCA